UUAGCAUUAAGAUAUCAACAAUCUUGAAGCUAAAGCUAAGUUCUCAAUAUAUGGCUCAAGCACCACCCACACCUCCUCCCAUGAGCGCAACAGAGCUUCGUGACGAAGCUCGAGAUUCCAUCAUUGCUUCCUCAACGGGAUCCUCUGAUCCCACCACAUCACCUAAUAGCUCAGGCAGCCUGGAACCUUCCCCACAACUCUCCGCUGUCCAAGAUAUAUACCAGCAAGUUUUUCCCCAGUUAUCUGAUCUGGCCGAGCAAAGGAACUUUAUUGGCAUCACUAAUAUCGCUGAACAUCAUGACUUGAAUGGUUCAAAUGACAAAAGUCACUCCAGACUGCUUUUGAUUGCCCCCUUGGUCCUGGCUUACAUGGUGCUGGAUGACUUAACACCUGCUCAACAUGCCCUUGCACGGUUACCUGAAAAUGUGUCCUCGCAUCCCCUGUCACAUGCACUCGCAGCACUCUUAGCAUCCGCUUUGGAACGAAAGUAUGAAAACACUUACGCCCGGGCUCAAGAGCUGUUCAAGAUGUCGCAGCAAAGUGACUUCCCAGAUCCAAGGCUAGGAAAAACUGUUGGUCUGCUGGUUAACGACUUCCUUGAUGCGUUCCGCAAGAACACCUUCACGCUUGUUUCGCGAGCAUUCGCGUGCCUCCAUGUUACGGAAGCUCAGAAAUUACUUGGACUGGGACAAAAGGAGGUGCUUGCCAGUAAGCUCAAUGGGCAACUGCAUACUAUUCUUGCUGAACUGCUGUCCUUUUCUGAAGUUGCGAACAGCAACCACUGGCAGUUCGACGCCACCAGUGGUAUAUUGCGACCCUCUAAUGCUUCUCUUCCUGCUCUCGUUGCUACGAAACCUGUACUACCGUCCUCGGUGAUGACGUUCGAUCUCGUUGUGAACAGUGUUACAACCUCAGAAGUAUGUUGAUGUCAAUAUAUGUUUUUGUCAACCUCCACAAUGUAAUCAUACGACGCGGUAUGCUCUCGUACAUCCUGAGUGAUACCGUCCCAGUGUAGUCGAAUGCGGGACUGAACGAGGCUUCUAGGACUACCAUAUUCCUCCAAUAUCUGCUAGGUAUGUAGAAUCAGGAAAAGUCUUAACAUUAAGUGGACCUGACUAACUAAGUUGGACUGAGUGAGCUCUCCCGGGGGGUCUGUUCAUUGCAGUGCGUAGUAAUAUGCAGUCCUUAAGGUCUCACAUACCGAAAGGGGAGUGGAAGAUGUCGAAGCACAGGAUAAGAUGAGUGUCGAGGCGUGAAGCGCUUGAGAUAGAGUCGUGAAGACGUAAUAUCUUGUCGUUGCCAUUGC